GAAAGUUCAAGAGAAUUUGAGAAACGUCACUCAAUUUGUUUUGGUUAGUUUGAUUUUGACGUCUCGUCGGGUGAAAAUUGUCGCUGCUGUUUAUUUAAUAAUUGCUUCUUUGUGGGAUAUUUCUGUGCUUUUAUAAUUGAAACACUGGCCGGCUUGAGAGGCAACGAUUACGAUAAAAUGGAAGUGGAUCAGUUUGCGGUGGACUUGUAUACCGGUGAGGGCUCGCGGCUGCCUCUCAUCGAUGAAUCGUCGGCUUUCGGAACACAAGCCCCGAAAGACAGGUUGAUAGCCAUUUUGGAUCAAGUGGAGAUGCGUGUGGAACGUCUCCGGCGUGACACUGUCCGCAUUGAAGAGGAGCGGGACUCCUUGCUGUCCACACUAGAUAGCAUCAAACAUUCUGAACUGCUUGGAGAUGUCAGUGAAUGUGACAGGGAAGAUAUAACCCGGUAUGCUGAACGGAUCCUAGCUCGUGCCAUGACAGUGGAGGUAGCCGUGCGCACAGACAGAGACGCACAGCAGGAGGAGGCCUUGCACCAGGUGAACAUGUACAUAGACCAGCUAGUGAUGACGGUGCACGACGACGCAGUAGUCGCCCACACCCGCUGCCAAACCUUCAUGAACGCCUGCACCUCGCAGCCAGACCCCUCCAGCGGCACCGACAAGAACUUCGAGUCAGCCAUCCUGGGCUGCACCCUCGACGACCAGAAACGCGUCAAGAAACGCCUUCAAGGCCUCCUAGACUACUUCGCCAAGUUGAACGUGACCACCUGCUCGUGAGUCGCAGCGAUGCUUGACAGCAAUCUCGUGAUUCGCUGAGCUCUCGUCAGCUUCUUUAUUUGGACUGUGCCUGAGGGGCGUGCCUAUCGUGCAUAUGUUGUAACUGAAAGACUGUUUAAUUGUAUGUCUUGGUUUGUUUGUGGUUUUUGACGCCGGAAUUUGUGAUUAAGCACGCGAAUUUAGCCUUUAUUACAUCUUGUACACUUCAAGCUUUGGCUGUUUCUGGCGUGCAAGGUACGUAUGUUUUGUGUAAACUUUUGUGCUUCUCGUAUCACAAGUUGUAACAUCACAACUAUAUGGUAGUGUGAUACUGAAAUUGAUGUCUGUAGUGAAGAUACAUAAACGCAGUAAUUAAUACUUAUAGUACCUACUGUAUCAAUGUUACCUUUGAUUGCAAGUUAUUCGGUUGACUGAAUGCUCGUCUGCUGUGACAAUACUGGUUUGAAAUCAGUUAAGAGCAAUCAAUAUCAUAAAAGUUCAUACAUUCAUGAAGAUAUAUAUGAGAUAUGUUUUUUUUAAUUUUCUUUCACUUGAAUAUCUGGAGAACCACUUUUUUGUUGCUGAUUAAUCAAAUUAAUUUGAAUUGUUGUUUGACUUAAAUCUGACAAAUUGUCUAUAUCUAUUACUAUGGCUCAUUUCAUACUAUGAGUAUGAAUGUGAAGCUUAUAGAAAUUUCAAAUCUGUAUUAAAAAGGUAUCGCUGUCUCACUUGAUUACAACAUGUGUGACAAAUACAGAUAAACAAAGUAUGUAUGAUUGUGAUUAUAUAAAUAGGCACCUUCUCAUUUAGGCCUUGCAGUUAUGAAAAGCUUUGAUAAAUGUGAUAAUCUAUAUGUAAUGUGUAUACUUAGUGAAUUUUGUUUUUUUACUAUGAUUCCAUCAAUUUGGAAUUUAUUUCGUUUAUCUAUGGACCAUUAGUAUAGAUUACUUAAAAUCCAUGUUCUUUGAUAUCUUACAUUUUUAUCCUGUACAGCUACCCUUAGGACGCAGGCGGUCCGGGACUACCGCGUGAACAUUAGCUUAAGAGCGCUUUCACAUUAGUAGAUUUCGUUACUCGGUUCCGGGCGUCAUUUUUUGAACCUACAAUACAAUUCGUUUCGAGCGACAGCUACCGUUUCGAGCGAUGACGCCCGAACCUGCAGCUUGAACGAACCGACCGUAUUUGCGACGGAACAUCCGCUCGUGUAAAAGCGCUCUAAGAUUAUACAGUAUGUACUUCUGAAAUAUUUCUCAAUUUUUGUUUCCCGUAAGUCCUAAGGUUGUUUUCCGUGUGUAAACAUUUUGCAUUUGUUAUCUUAGAGGCUCAAUUCCUUUCCUAGAGAGAAUGUUAGAGUUCACUGCCGAUUCAUUAAAAUUGUUUUUGUAUGCUUUCCGAAAUGAAUAAGUUUUUGUAUAAAUACUUUUUAUACUGUGCAAAUUGUGUCUGGUGAUGUUUGUUUUUUAUUUUCUUUUUGUUAAAAUAUAAUUACCUCUAUGCAAGUCAAACAGUUCUAUUCAUUCAAUUUAUAGUAGCUGACAGCUUUUCUUCUCCAAAAAGUGUAUUUAUGCCGUCAAUUGAAUUUUUAAAUCCAAAUAUAGUGUACUUUUGGUUUGUUUUGAUUAUUAAUACUAAUAUGACUUAUCCACCUUUUAUUAAAAAAUAACAUUGUAUUACUUUAGUAAUAUUGAAAUGUACUUAUCCAAGAAAAUCUAUGCUCAAUGAUGUGUGUAUCGACAUAUGUAUUAGAUUUUAUAUACCUAAAUAAUUAUAUACUACUUCUUAGGGCCGGCAAAAUAUGGUGGAGCGUAUUGAAGAGUCUUAUUACUGACAAGUCCAAAAUUCAUUAACGCAACAUUUGCAUGAAGAUGCUCACGAUGUCACACUUGUGUUAAUAUACUUUAGACUUUAUUUCAAGCACGACAAGGUUGAUAAUACUUUGACAGUGAUAAAGGCUCUACUCUACUCUUCACUAUUAUGUGGCUAGGCCGUUAAUAAAAUGUAUGUGUCAUUGCUGUCAUUAGCUUAUUGUUCUACGCAAAAGUGUUCUAUGAUUCGUUUUAAAGCUAAAGCUUCCUUUAACGGAUUUAUUAUUACUUUAUAGACUUUUAGAAAAAAUAUAUCUAAUCUAAAUUAUUUAAUUAUCUUUUUCUUCAAUAUUUAUUUUCCUCUCUGCAAUCCAUUAUUUUCAUAUCAUAUUGGCUUAACUUGGUAACUAUGUGAGGAUUUUUACACUACGCUUUGGCUAAGGCUAAUUCAUAUGGAUGAUAAUUAGUAAUGGUUUAUCUAUCUAAAACUUCGUGUGUAAGUGAAAAAAACCUCGGCAGUGUAGUCAUAUGGACGGUAUUAAUCAGUGACCAUAGAAAGCGAGCUUAGUCUUAACAUACUCUUAAAAAGAAAUAAAUGGUCAAUUAUUUAUUUACUACUCACUAAAAACAUCCUAACCAACAAAGCCAAUUAAAAUUGUACUUUAUUUCCUAUACAUUGGUUCCAUUUUUGCGAAUUAUCAGUGUACAUUAAUAAAUUACAUGUGUAUGAAUGCAAGAUUUUGUACUGUUAUCCACUUUAUUACCACUUGUAAGUACAAUCCUUAGGCAAGUUGCACCAUUUAACUAUAACGAUAACCGAACCAUAUUCAGCUGUCAAGUCGCCAGUUUGACCAACCGGUGGCAAGUAUACGGCUGGUUAUAUAGUUUGGUUAUCAUUAUAGUUAAAUGGUGCUAUUCACCCUUUGUGUCAUUUAAUUCGGACUAGCUUACGAAAUACCUAAGGUGGAUGUACACUACUAAUGUAAACCUAGAUAUAUUUAGAGGUUUUUUGGCAUAAAAUGUCAUGGCAGAACUAUUGGUAGAUAGUGUUUUUAAUCCUGUGGCUUGUCAUACUGAUAGAUGUUUGUGAUCGACCAUUGCGGUAACAGUGUGAAAUGGGCCGUAUUCCUUAUAUACCAUACUUUCAUGGUGAACUUUUGUUUUGCAACACUUGAUUAACCUUGUUGAUGAGCAACAAAAAUGUUGCUGGAAACAUAUACUUUCUUUUAUUUUCAACUCUACAACCCGCAGUGUAGCCUGCAACUGACUAACGAGUUGGAACAACUUGGUUAUGAACAAAAGUAUACCAUGAAUACGAGUCCACCUUGUUUUCUGCAACAUGGUCGUGAAAAGGUCUUUGUAGCCGCAUCAUGUGUUUUUCAUUGCAUUUUUUAGGAUAGUAGAUAUUUCUUAAACCGUUAGGUCUUAAUUUUAUUGUUAUAUCGUCGUUUUAAAUACAUACCGUAUUGUAUAAUA